ACUCUUUAGAUCUCCCUUGAAGAGGGCUGGUAUAUUUGUGCCUGCUGGAGGUGGAAUUAACUGUAAGAAGGAGAAAGGGAGUGAAUGGAAGUAGAGGAAGGUUUUCAAGUAAAUACAGGGAAACACAUUUACUUGAAUAGUACAACCUUGAGUCGUAUUUUACACUAGGACGACACAAAAGAUGUUAAAGUUAUCACCAAGCUGCCGGACAAAUAGAUAUUCCAACACCAAGGUGCAGAGCAGCAUAGAUCUGUGAUGCAGAAAUCAGGAUUUGUCUUGGAAAGAGCUUCAGGGUUGAGAAGAACUCAAGAGCAAGUGAAGAUAACUUUGGGAGCUACAGUUUAUCAGAAGAUCAACUUUCGUUAAUUCAAAUACCAAAGGCCUGAUUAUCAUAAAUUCAUAUAGGAAUGCCUAGGUCAUCUGAUCAAAUAAUAUUAGCCGUCUUCAGCUACAUCAAUGCAGCAAAAACUCUUAACAACUGUGGAUAAUUGGAAACUUGAGUUUCAGUUUUCUUAGAAAUAACUACUCUUGACAUAUUCCAAAAUAUUUAAAAUAGGGCAGGAAAAUCAGUGAGGAUAUUGGGUACAGAAAUGUCACUGUCAUGAAGAAUAGGUAAAUUUGUUUUUUCUGCUACUGGGGAAUUGUACCUCCUUGAAACUUAGAUUUUUUUUUUAAGAGGACCAGCAGGACUAAAAACAUCAACUUUGCUUUUGGACAAAAAUGCAUCUGAGUGUAUUUUUAUUUAGGGGUAUUGUGGGUUUCCUCUGGAGCUGCUGGGUUUUACUGGGUUAUGCAAAAGGAGGUUUGGGAGACAAUCAUGUUCACUCCAGUUUUAUUUAUAGAAGACUACGGAACCAUGAAAGACGGGAAAUACAGAGGGAAAUUCUCUCUAUCUUGGGUUUGCCUCACAGACCCAGACCAUUUUCACCUGGAAAGCAAGCUUCUUCUGCACCUCUCUUCAUGCUGGACCUAUACAAUGCGAUGGCCAAUGAAGAAAAUCCUGAGGAGUCGGAAUACUCAGUGAGGGCAUCCCUGGCAGGAGAGGGCAGAGGAGCAAGAAAGGGAUACCCAGCCUCUCCCAAUGGGUAUCCUCGUCGCAUUCAGUUAUCUCGAACGACUCCUCUGACCACCCAGAGUCCUCCUCUAGCCAGCCUACAUGAUACCAACUUUCUGAAUGAUGCUGACAUGGUCAUGAGCUUUGUCAACUUAGUUGAAAGGGACAAGGAUUUUUCUCACCAGCGAAGGCAUUACAAAGAAUUCCGGUUUGAUCUGACUCAAAUUCCUCAUGGAGAAGCAGUUACAGCGGCUGAAUUUCGAAUAUACAAGGACCGGAGCAACAAUCGAUUUGAAAAUGAAACAAUUAAGAUUAGCAUAUAUCAGAUCAUCAAGGAAUAUGCAAAUAGGGAUGCAGAUCUGUUUUUGUUAGACACAAGAAAGGCCCAGGCUUUAGAUGUGGGUUGGCUUGUCUUUGAUAUCACUGUGACCAGCAAUCAUUGGGUGAUUAAUCCACAGAACAAUUUGGGCUUACAACUCUGUGCAGAAACAGGAGAUGGACGCAGUAUCAACGUCAAAUCUGCUGGUCUGGUGGGAAGACAUGGGCCUCAGUCAAAACAACCGUUCAUGGUGGCUUUCUUCAAGGCGAGCGAGGUACUCCUGCGAUCCGUGAGAGCAGCCAACAAACGGAAAAACCAAAGCCGCAGUAAAUCCAGCUCUCACCAGGACUCCUCCAGAAUGCCCAGUGUCGGAGAUUAUAAUACGAGUGAACAGAAACAAGCCUGUAUGAAGCAUGAGCUCUAUGUGAGUUUCCGGGACCUGGGAUGGCAGGACUGGAUUAUAGCACCAGAAGGAUAUGCUGCAUUUUACUGUGAUGGAGAAUGUUCUUUUCCACUCAAUGCCCAUAUGAAUGCUACCAACCAUGCCAUAGUUCAGACUCUGGUUCAUCUGAUGUUUCCUGACCACGUACCAAAGCCUUGUUGUGCUCCAACCAAAUUAAACGCCAUCUCUGUGCUAUACUUUGACGACAGCUCCAAUGUCAUUUUGAAAAAAUACAGAAACAUGGUAGUGCGCUCCUGUGGCUGCCACUAAUAUUAGAUAAUAAUGGAAAUAAGAAAAAGAUCUGUAUUAAGGUUUAUGGCUACAAUAAAAAGUAUACUUUCAGACAAAAGGAGAAUU